UAUGUCAUAACUGUCAUGACCAUUGGUUGGAGUGUUGAACUCGUUGCCGUUUGUUUACACUUUUCUUUCUUAUUAGAAUUGGGAUAAACAUAUAUUCGUCGUUGAAAUAAAAGUGCAACUAUAAAUACAAGUACUGAAACUAUUGCAAAAUAUGGCUUCGUUAAACGAAGAAGUGCUUCGCUCUGUGAUAAGUAACUGUUCAGUCCCGCUUAUACUACGGGGUUUCGUGAAAAAUUGGUCAAUAUGCCAGUGGAGUGUCGAAAAGUGGACCUCAGUAUUUGGUGAAAAACAAAUACCAUUAAGGUGCAUGAAAAAGGAUUUUUUGACUGAUGAACCAUGUUGGGAGCGAAGAUGUAGUAAAAAAUCUAUGACUUUCAAGGAGUUUCUUGAUGUUUCAUCUAAAGGGGAAGAGUGGAUGUAUUUUGAUUAUAAAUAUGUAUAUCAGUGGUUUAAUGGAGAUGAUGAAUUGUACAAGGGUAUUUCUUGGAAGGAGUUUGGAUUUCCGGAGAAGGGUGCGUCAGAUGCCACUCUUUGGGUUGGUAGCAAGGGUGCUCACACACCUGCUCAUAUAGAUACAUAUGGUGUCAACAUUGUGACUCAAUUGCAUGGAACGAAGAGGUGGAUUAUUUUCCCCCCUGGAACAGAGGGAUUGAAACCUACAAGGGUGCCUUAUGAGGAGUCAAGUAUAUACAGUGAAGUUAACUUCUUUUGUCCUAACAAUCUGGAUGUUUUUAGUGGAUUGAAGGGAGCUCGUGUAGUAGACCUGCAUGCUGGAGAUGUCCUGAUCAUGCCCUGGAGGUGGUGGCAUUAUGUGCAGAAUGUAGACCCUCUCAAUAUCUCACUCAAUGUUUGGUUACCUGAAGUAUGCAGACAGCUUUUGGAUCAGGACAGUUCGGCGAGAGUGUCCGAGGCGCUCAUCAAAUUAUUUGUUGCUCAAAUAUGUAAGGAUCUACCACAGGAAACUGCUAGACUAAUAGUGAAUCCAAAUGAAGACGACAUAGCGGACACACCGCUGUCGGUGCUAUUUCUACAAUUAGAAACAGUUGCGAACGCUCAUCUCGACAAAAAACGGAAACUUCGACGCGCAAAACGACAGAAAACAUGCGAGGAGGAGCCUUCAGACACACUGGUCGAAUACGACUUGAAGGCUUUACUAGAUAAUAAGGCGAAUAACCUGGAAGAAGUACCUACGGUUACGAGUGAGGAACUGGUCAAGUUAGUGAAGCGAAAUGUUGAUGAGUUCGUGAACAAAGAUAGGCCCCUCUGUGAUGAGGAGAUUGACGGCUCCACUAGCCCACUUUGUCUAACCAAAGCGGUGAUCAAUGCUUACAGUGACAGUAACGUCAUCGACCUCGUUAAACAGAAUUUGUUUGCUCGUUUGAGCUCUAUGAGCUAAGCUUUGUAAGAUAUCUUUAAAUAGUAUUGUUCUAAUAGGAUUCUGACUGUGGACUGUUGUCCAUACGCCUUGUCUAAGACAAACAGAUGAAGAGUAAUUUAAAUCGUCGAAUAAGAUUUAUGCAAGUACAUUUUUAUUUUUAUACUUUAUGUAUAAGAUAUGAAACCCGUGACUGAAACAAAAUUCCGAUUAGUUCUAUACAAUUAUAUUAUCGACGCAUUAAAGAUUGACAGCUGUCACAUAAUAUCGAUAUUACGUUACAAAAACUUAGAUCUGUUACAAAUUAAUUUAUUUUUGUUUCGAAACAAAAUGUUAUGCACAUUUAAUAGUUUUUUAUUAAUAUCGAGCCUGUGAAGGUUUUGACUUAUAGGAUGUAUAAUCGAGUAUUUAUAAACGUGAAAUAGCUGACAUUCGGUCCCAUGAGUUUCAUCAAGUUUGGCACAGUAGUUUUUCUUUGAAGACGGUUGUAUGUUUAGCUUCUUAAAAAAUGGUACCAACCUUUUAAAUUUUAUUGGCAUAUACAGCUCAAGUGUUAUAAAUACGCUUCCAUAAUAAAUUAUUGCUUUAUGUGUAAAAGUAAUAAAAAAAAAACACAAUAGGAUAGGAAAGCUAGAUCUCUUAGUACGAUAUACACAUCUAUGGUAUAAUUAUGUAUAUUGACCAAAAAUAUAGGUUCUAGUCUAUUGCUAGUUUACAUACAUUCACAGAAUGUAGGUAAACCUGUGUAUCUAUUUUUCUCAAAACUAUGUAUAAGUAUAUUAUUAUCUAAAAAUAAGUGUCUAAAAAAAUAAAUAAAUAAAUCUUAGAGACAAAUUGUCAAAUGUUCUUGAAAAAUGACGUGUAUUUUUAUAAGUAUUUUUUAAGGAACUUUUUUUGCAAUUAUUGGUUA